CGGCUGGUUCCCCUUGGAACCUCUCGCCGAGCUUUGUCUACCAGGCGCCGCGUGUCAUCUCCGGGCCCAGGAGGCGCUACACGGUCUUGUUUAGCUGAUGGCAGGUCUCGAUCCGGGCAGCAGCUGCUUCCCUUCCUAGCGCGAAUUAAAGUUGGGACGUGGCAUGGAAACUUCUGAAAAAAUUACAGGACCUGAUAAUAAAGGAAUUUAUAAAGGAGACCGGGAGUCCAGUGGGAAAUACACAUUUGCUGCUCACAUGGAUGGAACAUACAAGUUUUGUUUUAGCAAUAGGAUGUCUACCAUGACUCCAAAGAUAGUGAUGUUCACCAUUGAUAUCGGGGAAGCCCCCAAAGGACAAGAUAUGGAAACAGAAGGUGGUGGAGAUACCUGGGAUGCUCACCAGAACAAGCUAGAAGAAAUGAUUAAUGAGCUCGCAGUGGCGAUGACAGCUGUGAAGCAUGAACAGGAAUACAUGGAAGUUCGAGAGAGAAUACACAGAGCAAUCAAUGACAACACAAACAGCAGAGUGGUCCUUUGGUCCUUCUUUGAAGCUCUUGUUCUAGUUGCCAUGACAUUGGGACAGAUCUACUACCUGAAGAGAUUCUUCGAAGUCCGGAGGGUUGUUUAAAAGCCUUUUCCCCAUAAUCCCAAAUUCAUAAUUCACUGUUUACCAAACAUCUUGGUCAUAAUAAUGUCA